AUGGCUAACACUAUCAGCACAACGUGUAAAGUGGCUAACAGUAGUACCACGUGGUGUCAAGUGGCUAACACUAUUAGCACAGGUGUCAAGUGGCUAACACUAUUAGCACAGGGUGUCAUGUGGCUAACACUAUUAGCACAGGACACUAUUAUCACAGGGUGUCAAGUGGCUAACACUAUUAGUACAGAAUGUCAAGUGGCUAACAGUAUAAGCACAGGGUGUCAAGUGGCUGACACUAUUAUCACAGGGUGUCAAGUGGCUGACACUAUUAUCACAGGGUGUCAAGUGGCUAACAGUAUAAGCACAGGGUGUCAAGUGGCUGACACUAUUAUCACAGGGUGUCAAGUGGCUAACAGUAUUAGCACGGGGUAUCAAGUGGCUAACACUAUUAGUACAGAAUGUCAAGUGGCUAACACUAUUAGCACAGGGUGUCAAGUGGCAGACACUAUUAUCACAGGGUGUCAAGUGGCUGACACUAUUAGUACAGAAUGUCAAGUGGCUAACAGUAUAAGCACAGGGUGUCAAGUGGCUGACACUAUUAUCACAGGGUGUCAAGUGGCUAACACUGUUAGCACAGGGUUUCAAGUAGCUAACACUAUUAGCACAGGGUGUCAAGUGGCUAACAAUAGUACCACAUGGUGUCAAGUGGCUAACAGUAUUAGCACGGGGUAUCAAGUAGCUAACACUAUUAGUACAGAAUGUCAAGUGGCUAACACUAUUAGCACAGGGUGUCAAGUGGCUAACAGUGUUAGCACAGGGUGUCAAGUGGCUAACACUAUUAUCACAGGGUGUCAAGUGGCUGACACUAUUAUCACAGGGUGUCAAGUGGCUAACACUAUUAUCACAGGGUGUCAAGUAGCUAACAGUAUUAUCACAGGGUGUCAAGUGGCUAACGAUAUUAGCACAGGGUGUCAAGUGGCUAACACUGUUAGCACAGGGUUUCAAGUGGCUAACGCUAUUAGCACAGGGUUUCAAGUGGCUAACGCUUUAAGAACAGGUUGUCAAGCGGUGAACACUAUUAGCACAGCUAGAAACAAACUCUUGCAUUAG